AAGUGAAACAAAAUUUAUAAAAUAAAAUACAAAAAUAUAAUUAUAAUCCAACUUAAAAAAAAAAAUAUUUUAUGAUCUUUUAAGCAUAAUCCGGCAGUUGCAUUAAUAAUUCUCGUUACUGCCUUGCAAACCCGCCCGCGAUUACGAGCGCUUCUUCGCAAAGCCUCUAGCCAACGUCUAAAUUAACGGUCAACAUUAUUUUGACAGUAUAAGCGUGUUUGCUUUUGUUGUGUCUUGUGUUUAUUUUUUUUAUACUUUUUGUCAUGGACGUUGUUGUUUUAAAGUGUAUAACGUAUUUGUAUCGCACCCGCCGCCCCACUUAAUUAAUUAAACUUAUUGCCUUAUAUGUAUGUACGUGUAAAGGCUAAAGUAAAGUGAAAUUACUACACAUCAAGUCAAUAUUGUUCAACAAAAACAAAAACAAAAACAAAAAAAAAUCCCUCUGCUAAGCCACAAUUAUUUACUUAUUCUAAUAUCGUAAUAUUGUCGUUGCCUUUGCCGUUGUUGUUGUUAUUGUUCCUGUUGCAGUUGUCACAUUUGUCGGUGUUGUUGGUUUGGCUCCAACUUACUCCAACGUUACUACGCUAUCAACAUUGGAGAUAAUAAGCAUAUAACUUAGGGGAAAAUAUUAAAAUUAAUAAUUCUCAAAAAAGGACCGCAGCCAUUUUAUUUUGUGGUUUCUAUUGGAGUGUAAAAUUACAGCUCAGCUGGGAUAAUGGCAAAGGAAUCAGCUUCAUCACGUAUACCACGCUUGGAUGGUGUCUCACGAAUACCACUACCAGGCACAUUGCGACCACCAACAAUAGUAAAUAAACCUACAAGAAUGUUACGUCCACCCACAAGUAUGCAACGACCAACUUCAUUUGCUGGUAUGCGACCAGAAUUGAUGUUCACCGAAACUGCUUUGAGAAAAAGUUCAUCCGGUGACCGCAUAACAAAUGAAAUCAAUUUGAUAUCUAACAAAACUUCAACGUUAAAUACACUAAAACCGGAGUCUCUUCUAGCUAAAAGCUGUCUUAAGAAAAGUUCUUCUGGAGAUCGUUUAAAUAAUGCUUUGAAUUUAGUAAGAAGUAAAACACCCACAGCACUUAAAAAAUUUUUCGGUAAAACCGAGAAGGUUGCAAAUCAAUUGAAGUUAUCGGCUCCAAAAUCGUUGGAUAGACAAAAGAACACACCGCUACCAACAGCGCCUUUAAUACGUUCAGAUACUUUUGUGCGUGGAAGCAGUAUGGAAAAUGUGUCUGCUUGCAGUACACAACAGAGUCCGACUGUUGAAAGAACUCUUCCUAAUGAGACCACGCAUUUAUUGCAGCCAACCGAUCGUCAUGCACUCUAUACUACGCACACUCUGAAUGUAACUCACGUGCCCAAAGCGAAAUACGAAAUCGAGAAUAUAAAUGGUUUUGACAAGACUUUGUUGCCAACCAGCACGCCAAAGCUGGACAAUAUGCGUGCACUUGGUAUAACUUUCGAUAAAGUGAUCAAUAUAGAAGCCACACCAUUUGGUAAGACUAUGUGCCUGCACCCGCCAAAUGGUAAUUCCACAAGAAUAUUGAAUGAAACACCAUUAGCAGAUAAAACCAUGAAUGUUCUUAUAAACACUGAGAAUAGUUUAGCAGAGAAUAGAAAUGAUACAAUGACAAUGCAUAAUCAAAGUCUAGUUAAGCCUUUUGAUGGCACACAAAUUAUAGAAAAACUCACAAAUAUGGAUUUGCAGAACGCUAUAAAAGUCUUAGAUUCCACAGCUAUUGAUUCACCAGCCACUAAUGCUACGUAUUCUAACCCCGGUUCUAUUGAUAAUUUACCUAUGCUUGAAGAUGUGUCUGUUCCCUCUGGUUUUGAUUUGGACUUCUCACAAUUAAAUCAAACUAUUAUAGAGAAAUGCACCAAAACUAACUUUGAGUUAAGUAACAUAGCUGUUCUCGAAGAAAAUACAUUGUUGCUGACACCUGACAAAAGUAACAUGAAGCUGCCUUUGAAUUCUACCAUGAAUAUGGAACGCCUUGUGGAAUUGUCAACAAACGAACAAUUUCCUGGUAGAAAAAGUGAUUUAUUUAAUUUAACGAAAAGCGAAUGCAAUAACAUAAAUACAACACAAUUGCUUUACAUGACACAGUUGUCAUCGUCAGCUACAACAACACCUGACCGUAAUUUGGGCUGCACCGGAACUGCAUUUCAACAUACAUCCGUACCAAUGCAUUUAUUACUGAAAGGCGCUCAAAGUGAUUUAGUGUUGCCUACACGUACGCCUGACGAUGAAAUGUUAGGCGAACCAAUGGAUUUGGAUAAUACUCUCACUAGUUUAGGUAUGCGUACUGAAGAGUUUUUCGCCCAAACGAAACAAAAACAAAUACCAGGUGUGGCAAUAUCACUACAAGAUGUCAAUAAUCCUAAUCAAAAACAAAAGUCUCGUUUCUCUUUUGGCUUGGAUUUGACAGAAUCUACUUUGGAUUGCUCAAUUGAACUGGUCGAUGUUUCACUUUCUUCAAAUGCGCUCUCCCAGGCAAAUGUCAAUUCUGGACUUGAAAAUAAUAUAUCAAAAUCAGCAUCAACGCAACAACUGUUACAUUUGAAAAAGCAGAAUUCCUUCGAAUUAGAUGAGAGCUUGGGUAUACUUACACCAGAUCAAAUGAAAGAGUUUCUUGAUUCACCCAUCACCAAUAAUGCUAACAAUUUAGAUUUACCCUUGAUUUUAAAUGGCGUAAAUAGUUCGAAUAAAUUAGCAAUGCAUCAAAUGCGUAUAGAUCAAACACCUUCACCUGAAGAACUACCACUGGACCCAGUUGAAGUAAAAACUGAUAUAACAGAAAUUGUGCUGGCGCAACAACAACAGGAACAUAAAAUGUUACUUUCAGCAAGUCAACAGCGUCACCAUAUGCAACAACAACAUUUGCAAACGAGUUCUAUAAGCACUGAACCUGUUUCCUUGCAUACGGACACUGAAGUUUCAAAAGCCGAUCAAAUGACCAAAUCAAAUGUUUCCAAAAUCUCAACAAGUUUUAUUACAAGUGUUACAAGUGUUACUAGUCUUGAUACUGGUUAUCAAGGUGAUGGUGAAAUGUCACGUCCCGCUUCACGUGGUGCAUGUGAUCACUCGCCCUCGAAUGGUCCAACGGUGCGUAAAGGUGUAUCACGUCAGCCCAGCUUUAAUCAGCAACAGCAACCACUGCCGCCCAUACGCCGGCAAGAUCCUAUGACCGAUUCUGAUUUUUUUACCGAAUCAGAUGCGGAUGACAUAUUCCAUCGUGGCGAUAGACGCGCACAAGUAAUCGAUGGACAGUUAUAUGGUCCUAUGUUGCAGCCAACUGCUUCAGUUUUCAUAACCGAAGACCCACAAAUGGAAGAUUCUUGUAUGGAAUCAUCAGGUAUUUUUACAGAUGUCGAAAAUCGUUGUGACGAAGAUUUGGUACAAAUGCGUCGUCAAGACACACAAGAUGCCGCUGUUGACAUGUCACCCGACGGUGAUGGUGAAGAUUCAACAGAAACUGUGAAGAGCAAUCGUGAGAAUGGCAAGUGCCAGCGUGUAACACACAAAAGCGAAACUGAUGCGACUACGUCACCAACACCGGCACUCGGCCAAGGUCAACUCAGUUGCAGCCAAACAUCAUCAACAAUACAAAGCAGCCUAAGUACUGAUCGUCUCUCUGCAGCCACACUCUCAAAUCGUACUUCUUACUGCAGUGUAGACGGCAGCACCGUCAACGUAGAGUGCAAAAGUUUCUCCUCGCUGGAAGAAGCUUUUGCCGAGUGCGCCUCGAGUGGAGAGACACAAGCGAAUAAUACGAACGAAACAAAUGGCACAAGCACAAAUGCGAAGCGCGCUAAAAGCUCCACAACUGGAAAUAUACAAACGUGCUGCGAUCAACAGCGCCAACAACAACCACUGUCAGUGCACAAACUGAGUUCGCCGCGUAAGCAUGCUUCGUUAACGUCGCUACUCGGUAACACAAAUGGCGUGUAUGGUGCUAAGUCCGAAACAAAUUCGCCGGUAUAUACAAAUGCGCAAACGUAUGCAGUGCGUAAGUCUCCAUCGCCUAAUAAAUGGGAUGCAGUUAUGAAUAAAAUAGCCAGUAAUAAAUUUAUUAAAAAAAAUUACAAUGAUGUUAAGUCGAAAGUGUCCACGAGGCUAAAUGUGACAAGUGCGGGUGCGGGUGCGGGUACGGAAACUACUGUCACUGCUAAUGCAGAUGGCAAUGGCACUGGCGGCAAUACGCCAGCUGCCAAUACAAUGAGCAUGGCGCGUCGUUCACCAAGCUCCAGUGCUAACAGUGGAAACAGUGCUAACAGUGCUAACAGUGGAAACGGUGCUAACAGUGGAAAUAGUGGUAAUAGUGGUAACAGUGGCAUACAAUCACCAGUUUCGAAACGUCUGCUGCAAGUUGCUGCGAAACGCGGACGUUCCUACAGCAAAGACAGUCAUAAAAGUUCACAAAGUGAUUUAAGCCUUGGAAGUGGUUCACCGAAAUUAUUGGCAAAAACUUCACUGAGAGCUGCCAAAAAGCGUGAUGUACGAAAUCUAAGUAUAUCACCCACAGAUUUAGGACCACCUCCGAAAGCUCAACAAACUGUCAAUGGCACAUCAGCUCGCCUUAAACCAGCCGUAGCAGCCCUGACACAAAAACGUUUGAGCCCCAAUACUCUACAGGCACCAGGCACAAAUGCAGGCACCAAAGCUUCACCAUUGAUCAAGAAAAAUGUGCUCACACGACGCUUGGAUGUUAAGACAUCGGUAAAGACUCCUUUGAAAGAAAAUGGUCGCAGUGUUGCUGAUACAACAUCAACAAUUGGUGGCAACAUUAAAAAUGGCAGCAGCAAACCGAGUACACCGACCGAAUUGCAUGAUCUGAAUAAAGAGUUGCAGCACAACAACAAUAAUAACAUAACCAAUUCAGCCACAAAUGACCAUACACCAGAGGUGGGUACUCGAACAAGUUCACAGGCUUCAUCACCGAUUUUGGGAAAGCAUAGCAAAAAGUCAACACUAACAAACAAUACAAAUUCACAUGAAAAAAAACCGCAAUCCAAAAUACAAACCUCGCGUAAAUUUCUGUUGCAAAAACAGAGUCAACGCUCCCACGAUGACUCCACACAGACGGCAGAUGGUAGUGAAUAUUUGAAUGCACCAGAGUUGGAGCAACUUAAAUUACUGAAUCGUCAUUCCUGCAAUGGACGAUUAGAUUUCGAGGCACUUGAAAGGCAUUUGCAACAAACAGAAUCAGUUAAUGAGCAGCAAAAUAAAAAUGUUGAAGCAUUAGCUGUAAGGGUGAAAUAUUUGGAGGAUGAGUUAAAUGCCGCUAAAGAUAAUUUAAAGAAGACCAUGCAGCUACUAGAAGACGCCAAAAACACAUCCACAGAGCUUCAAUAUCAAUUAUGUGACAAAGAGGCUUAUUACACACAAAGAGAGGAGAAGCUGCAAUCCUUGCAUCGUUGUGAACUGGAAAAAGCUCAAUUGAGUCUCACAGAAUAUGAAAAGCUAGCACAACAACAAAUUGCAGCGCUCGAAGCUAAAUUAGUCGCCAAAGAUGAGGAACAUAAACAUGCGCUCGAAUCCUGCCAACUAGAAAUGAAUAAUAAAUUGAAGCAACAACAACAACAACAGUUGCAAGCAAGUGAUGACCGUGCACGUCUAUUGGAAGAACAAAUACAGCGGCUCAAGAGCUCCGAGCAGGAGCUACAGCAAAAGCUCAAAACUGUAGAAGCCAAUGUUGCCACACAACAUCAGGAAGCGGAAAAGCGUGAGACUGCUCUUCAAGAACGCCUCAAUAGUGCGCAGGAUGAUCUAUUGCAGAAAUUGAAAACAGCUGAGAAUAAUUAUGAGAUCAAUUUAAAUGCCGCCAAUGAGCGUGAAGAAGCGUUGAAAGAACGCGUUAAACGUCUCUCGAAUGAAUUGAAUAUGUUGCGUGAAAGUAAGGAAUAUAGAGAGCGUGAGCUGAAAGAAAAACUAGAUCUUUCACAGGAUGAAAUCGCAGUACUACGUCACUCAAGACGCAGUGGGAAUGAUACCUUUGAACGUAGUUUCUCGGCACGCAAUUCCAGUAAUUGCAACUCGAGCAUCUCCACAACUGAAAUUUCACGUUUGGAGAGCGAAGCGGAAAGUCUUCGGUGUGUGCUUGAAAUGAAACAGAAGGAAAUGUCGAAAUUAAGCAAACAGAAUGAAGAACUUGUCCGCGAGUCUGAGGGACGUUUAUCGUUACAAACUAAAAUUUCAGCAUUGGAAUCAAGAAUAGAAUUACUAACAACGGAAUUAACUAUUAAAUCACAAAGAGAAAAGGAAUAUCUACGUCAAUACGAGGAAAUUAAAAGUCAUCUAAGUCAUGAAACUCAUAAACGUACACGCCUAACAUUCGACAAUGAAUCUUUACAAUGGCACUUAAAACAACGUUCCGAGCAAUUACAUCUCGUCGAAGCUAAGCUACAUCAAUUAUCUACACAUGAUUCCAUUGGAAAUCUUAGUUUUAAUUCCGUUUCUAAUAUAUCCAAUUACAUUGCACCACAAUUCGAUAGUUUAUCAAACACAUCACUCGAUGAUGAUUCAUCAGCUUUUGUGAAAGGUGUUAUCGAUAAGGGUGAUUCAGUUUCAUGGGUGCUUGAAAUGGAUGAUGAAACUCCAGAAGCGGCUGCUACAAAAAUGGUUAAACGCGCUGGUUCUUUCCGCGCUGCUGAACGUAGUCCAACUACACGCCGCCAACAUUCGUACACACCAACACAUAUAACAAUACAAACAUCAGCCGCGCUGACAACGAACGGCAGUGGUCCCAAUCCACUUUCACAGUCAAUGUCAGCAAACUCAGUGAUACCUCAACAUUCCGCCGAAAUAUGCAGUGAAAAACCAAAAAGUCCACAUCAACGCUGUCGUUCGAAAUCGGUGAGCACAAAGUCAACAGAAAUGCUCAGCACACAAACACUACAACCAUCGUUUCCAGCUACAAGUAAGAAUCCCAAAAAAUAUCUACGCCAAUCGUCUGCCGGCAGCGUACGUAAGAAUGAACCGAUAUGCACCAGUUCACCAUACUCACAUAUACACAACCAAAACAAUGGCGCACGUCCACGUACCUCAACAAUGAAGGAUAGUGCAGAUGAUAAGUUACUCUUUCGUCGUUCAUCCGCUGUAAGCUCAAGCACAAAUCGCAAGCUCAUCACAUGUGACACAUCAACAUUGAAUAGCGGUGAGCGUUUGGAAAUGCGCGCAUUACCAACACAUCCUUCAGUGCAUGAUUUGAAGGUGCUAAAGAAAUACGAAGAAAUACAGGAAUCUGCUGGUGAAGCUAUGGUAUCCGGUACAAAUUCAGAGGAUGAAGGCUGUUCUGCUUCAUCUGAUGAAAUUGUACACACAGCAUCCAGUGGCUCAAAUUCUUCACUUAAUCAUAUGAAAAACUCGCACAUAUCCUUAGAGGAUGCAUUUCUGUUAGACAAAGCGAGCAGUCUAAAUGGCACACCAAUGGAGGUUAGCUGGAAUGAGGACGGUGACACAUUUACAAGCGCUUCAAAUGUAUGACAUGAUGAUAAUGAUGAUAUAGAGGAUGAAGAGGACAGUUUUUGAGAGUAAUUUUUAGAGUAACAUUUAUAAGCUAAAAACACAAUACAAAAUAAAAUAUAAAAGAGAAAUGAAAAAUUGUUUAAAGAAAAUGUGCUUUAAAGCAAGCGUAGCUACUUUAAUAUGUUCACCUAAAUGUAAUAAUAAUAAUUAAAAUAAAUUUAUGUAUGUAUUUGUAAGAACUCAAUAAUUAGAAACUCAAAAGAACAAAAACUCAAAAUUAAUGCAAUAAUUUUUAUAAUAAACAAAUUAACUAAAAACGCAUGUUAGAAAACUACUUCAAUGUGCUCGUGAAAAGCUCUUAUAGCAACAGAAGUCGUAUAUGUCGUCAAUGAAAAAGGAAAAUGUCAUUAUAUUGCUAAUACGAUUAUGUUGCAUGCAUUUCUCAAUUGGUAACUGAGGGAAAAAUCGACACUAGAAUAAUUCAAUUAAAUAUAAAAAAGCUUUUAAAAAAUCAAUUAUUGUCAAUACUUUAAGGAACGAUUGAAACUCGCAUGCGUGCAAAGUUAAGGCCAGAACACUGCUUAAAUUUCAGUCAGUUUAAGUCAGAUAGAAUCAAACUAAAAUGUGUAAUUCGCUGAAAUUCAUCAUAGUAAGAAAUUAACAAAAACAUCACAGUUUGUCUGCUCACGGAUAUCACUGGAAAUUCUCUCGCAUGCUUGAAAAAAUGAAAAAAUUGUUUAGAAAUAGAAUAUCAUGGAAAGUAACUAUUAAAGUGAUGCUUCAUUAAAAACGGCAACUUCUAAUAAACGCUUAAAGUGAAUCAGUCGUGGCUCACAGUCUCAAUACUGACUUAAAUCAUACUUAAGUUGUUAUUAAAACUUAAAUUACGACUGUGAUAUCGGUCCUAAGCAAAUAUCGCAUGCGUGUAAAUUCAUCAGAUGCAUGUUGGUAACUUUGCUUUACACUAUAAAACAUCACAUCACAUUUUGAGUUUUUAGUUUAGAGAAAAUUUUAAAAUAUUUAAUUUUGUGAUCAGAGAAAUAAAAAAUUUUGUUAAAUUAUAUAUUAUAAAUAUGCUAAACAAAUUGAUGUAUCGUAUGAAUGUAGCUUUAGUAUAAAUGAAAUAAA